AUGAAUACUUUUGAUUUUACGGCUAUUUCGUCGCAACUUCCACCCAAUACUGGCCCACCUGGUACAGUUCUGACUAAUAAUGGAAACGGUAACUCGUCCAACAACAACAAGAACUUGAGUCAUGUUCCAUGCAAGUUCUAUAGACAAGGGGUUUGCCAGGCCGGAAGCUCAUGUCCCUUUUCCCAUAAUUUUGAUGGGAGUUUGGCAGCUGAGAAAUUACCUUGCAAGUAUUUCCAGAAGGGAAAUUGUAAGUUUGGGCUAAAAUGUGCUUUAGCACAUUUCUUACCCGACGGUACACGAGUGAACUCCAGGAGCUUGCGUAUGUCGCAGCCUAUCAAUACGAAUGGGGCUAAUGGAAAUGGACACCUUCGUCGUUCGUCGAACAAUAUGAAUAAUGGGAGUUUUAAUCAUUACACUUCGCAACCAAUAGAUAUAAAUGCUGAAUCGAUGGAGCACAUUGGACAAACUAAUAACAUGGUUUCUCCAAAUAACAAUGUUGCACAUUUUCUUAAUCUCGGCCAUAAAUUUCCAUCACAACCAGGGUCAUAUACCCAAGGGUUAACCAGAAAUUCCUCAUAUAAUUCUAGUCUUUCUGGGUUACCAAAUUCAUAUACUAAUGGUAAUACUAUUACUACGAACAACAAUCAUGCAGUGAAAUCCAGUAACCAAGCUUCAGCGUUCUUUAGAUCGAACUCAAGCAAUACAUCUCCCCCGCAUAACAUUACGCCACCUUUCCAUAACAAUUAUUUCAACACAUCUAUAGGAGUGGACCAAUCUCCGGUUAAUACUCCAUUUUCUGAUAAAUCUACAAACCGAAUCGCAACGAGGCUUGCUUCUCGUUCAUCAUUUUCAUCGCCAGCAUGUUUCCACAACUACGAUUCUGCGAUUAUUGAUGACGAAGAUGAAGACGAAGAAAUGUACAAUGAUAGUGGUUAUUUCGAAGAUUAUGUUCCAGGAUCGUUAAGCGAUCUAAUUUUAACGCCACAAGAGAUGCAAAGACGUGAUUCCAGAUCCCAGUCCGGUACGUUGCUAGUCAGACCUAACUUGAGCUCUACAAUAAGUUCAACUACGAAUGAAAAUGAUGAAAAGAAGGACGAUCGUCAUGAAUCGAAGGAGGAUUCGAAGGACAAACCGGAGAAAAAUUCAGCUCAAGAUGAUGUAUUUUUGAUGGAUUGA